AUGUCAUCCGGUGCACAAUCGCCUUGUGAUAGUGUCACAUCUCCGAUUAAUAUUUCACCAGCAUCCCCAUCUUCAGCAUCUAACUUGGCUCUCGUCAGUGCGGGCACCAGACCCUCACCUUCCCCUCUUGAUAUUCCCGUUACUUGUACCAUACUGUCCAAUCCUGCUUCGUCUUCUUUAACACCUGGUUCUGGGUUAUUCUCUACGCCAGGAUCCUCUACUAGUUUUCCCUUGGGAGAAUCGAUAUCUGGCAAUGGUGGGAAGGAUAGGGUCAGACAAAUCGAUGUCGACGACAUUAUUCAGCGCUUACUAGAUGUGGGCUACUCUGGUAAAGUUAACAAGUCGCUGUGUGUCAAGAAUACAGAAAUAGCAGCUAUAUGUCAAGCAGCACGGGAAGUUUUCCUGAAUCAGCCAACUCUCAUUGAAUUGUCACCUCCCGUGAAGAUUGUCGGGGAUGUGCACGGUCAAUAUUCUGAUCUUAUCCGCCUAUUCGAGAUGUGCGGAUUUCCUCCCACCGCCAAUUAUCUUUUCCUCGGUGAUUAUGUCGAUAGAGGCAAGCAGAGUUUAGAGACGAUCAUGCUACUCCUGUGCUACAAGAUCAAGUAUCCCGAGAAUUUUUUUCUUUUACGAGGGAAUCACGAGUGUGCGAAUGUUACCAGAGUGUAUGGUUUCUAUGACGAAUGUAAACGGCGUUGUAACAUCAAGACUUGGAAGACUUUCAUUGAUGUAUUCAAUUGCCUACCAAUCGCAGCGAUUGUUGCUUCAAAGAUAUUCUGUGUGCAUGGAGGACUAUCGCCGUCACUUCAUUCUAUGGAUGAUAUCAAACGCAUACAAAGGCCUACGGAUGUUCCCGAUUACGGCCUUUUAAACGACCUAUUGUGGUCGGAUCCUUCUGAUACGGCAAUGGACUGGGAGGAUAACGAACGCGGUGUCAGCUAUUGCUUUGGAAAAGCCAUUAUUAAUGACUUUUUACUUCGAUAUGACAUGGAUUUGAUAUGUCGUGCCCACAUGGUAGUUGAAGACGGGUACGAGUUCUGGAACGAUCGUACGUUGGUAACAGUUUUUAGUGCUCCGAAUUACUGUGGAGAAUUUGACAAUUAUGGUGCUUGCAUGAGCGUAUCUGAAGACCUCUUGUGUGCGUUUGAGCUUCUCAAGCCGUUGGAUGGUCCUGCGUUGCGCAAAGAAAUGACAAGAGCAAAACGGAAGAGGUAA